UUUGUUAAAGUACAUAAGGAAAACGUUUUCUAUAAUUUAGAAUUUUGACUGUUUUUUUUCGUGUUUACUGAUAAAGUCAAAUUGUGUUAUCAGUGCAUUGCUUAAUUAAAUACACUACGACAAUAUUUAUCGGCUAUGCAAAUUGUAAUCAAUAGAGAUAAAAAAAAAAAAAAACCUUAUCAAGAUACUUGAGUUCGGGGCGUGGUAAAUUCAACAAUCAUAAGUAUCCGUGCAUAUUACAUAAAGUGUUAGUUUAAAUAAUAUUGAAUACGAAUUGAAUUUAUGUGCUUGCUUGCUCUAAAAUAAAACUACGUAGUGUGCGUGAUGUACUAAUAGCAUCCCAGACGUUACACCGACUGUCGAUCUCAUAAAAUGUUGAUAAGAAAUUCAUUAUAAAACAAAGGGAUCCCCUGUAACGGGCUUAUCGGCGUGUGUGUGCAUACAGAAGCUACUACAAGCAUGGAUACCCCUGGAGAGAUAUUCCAAUCGAUAAUCAGACCGGGCAAGUCAAUUGCUUAAACAAAACCAGCGUAAGCGAGGUUUUCUGGUUAGUUAUAGUUACUACGGAUGUCGAGGCCUGAUAUACCGGUUGGUAAGUCUCUCUGUUUCCUCUUGGCUCGGUAUGCAAGGAUAGUACGUGGCCAGGGCACCACGCACAUGCGCAGAGGGUAGUAACCACACCGAUCAAAACAAGACACGACGCGUUUUCCUAAAUCAGUCAGAAAACAACAAAUAUCAGUGAAUACUGGAAAAACUGUGCUCGAUUUGAUAAAUAAGAUACUUCCAACAGACGCGUGGCGAUUCGAUCUUAGUCUAAACAAAACAGUGAUUGUAAACAUGAACGAACAUAAAAUCUUGGUUUUUAUCGCGUUUAUGAUACUCUAUUGUCUGUACUGCCUCAACAGUUGGUUCACGUCUGAGAAUGUUAUAGAAGAAUAUGCUCCAGAGGCGCUACCUGAUUUGCCGCAAGAAAUCCCUGAAAUAUUAAUACCUGAUACACCAGCUCUCAAGGAAGAGGUUCAAAUAAAAGCCAAAACAAAAACAAAGAUAAUUCCACUGUUCUUCUACAAUGCGUGCAGCGUUUUAGAAGUGUUUACCGAAAAGCCAGCGCUGAUCAAGAAAAACAAAACAAGAUCGAAAGAUUUAGACAACAGCAGUAACGCUAUAGCUGUCAUUGGUAUAACAGUAUUCUUAGUGGCUCUCGGCGUCAACGCAGUUCUAGACACACUGAAAGCCAAAGAAGAAGAACGUGAGCGGAGAAAACUGAAUCCUGAUGGGGAAAGAAGGCAAUCGUUGGCAGAGUUUGCUAAUAAAAAGCAGUUGAGACGAGAAUCGAGCCGAUUUGGGAUACAAUUGUUUCAAAUUACAGAAUCAGUGGUUAGUGGGGAGGAAAAAAGUAGACGCCAGAGUCGUCCGUAUACCCGUGGAGACUCCACCAACUCCUACUUGUCUGACAGAAAGGCUCAGACUGACGGUUCCACGCCUAAAGAGACAGCGGAACCCAGGCUGGUGAAGAGGCAAUCGGUUGCUAAGCUCUUUGGAGGUCGCCCAGUACCGAUGGUGCGGCGCUCUUCUUUCCCCGCCCUGCCGCUCAACCCCGACGUGCAAGCGCUGAUGCUGGGCCACCGGCAGCCAUCUUGCGACAGUGACGAUGAAGACGGGAAGGGACGACGUGUGAGGAUCAUACGGAGAUACUGAAUCUCUAAUAAAGCUUCUACGUGAAGUUUUUUAGCAUUAGCCCAUGUUCCGAGAGGCGAAUGUAUGGGACGGGGUUUCUCAAACAUAACUACCUUUUUUUCCAAGGUAACUGUAAACUUCUAUCUUGACCAAUUUGCAAUCACUGACGAGUUUUUGUCAUUUUUUUCAUUAGUUGGUUUUAGCUACAUAGUUGUGUCUGUAUCCUCAUUGAGGACCUUCGUGGACUGCAGCUUAGUUACUUAUAAUUUUAGGUCGGCAAUAGUCAUUUGCAAAAAAUGGGGGGUGCCCCAGAAAUGUUAAUGUCUUAUAAAACUUGUACGCGUAUUGACUUCUAGCUUUAUGCUCUGUUUUUUAAUCAAUCAGAGUUUUUUGUUAGCAAGAAUAUUUAUAAAACAAUUGUUUAACAUAAAAUUUCGUCAAUUACCUAAACAUUCAUACUUGUGACUGGAUUGUUAUUCAUUUGUUGUUUUGAUGAUAAAAUGAAAUGUAAUUGCUAAUUUUAUUGACAUAAAAACAUUCAACGAUUACGUGUAGGUUAUUAAUUAUGAGAAAGUGCCUAGUGCCUAGUUCUUGAAAAGUUUUAGCUAAUUUUUUUCAUAUAGAGCACUUUUUUCACUAGGCAUUUAUUAUCUUAUUUCGAAUAUUAAAAGUGUUAAUUAUUUUUAUUUCCUUACUUAAAAUAUAAGUAUCGAUGUGUGAUAAAGAUAGGUCUAAAACUUUCAAUAUGUAUAUGACAUUAGCUAAAGAAUUUGACAUAUCUCUAGAAAUGCAUAUUUGAAAGUCUGAAACUGAACUGCGAAUGAAUAAAUGUGAUAAACAAUUACCUAAACACCUAUAUGAGUGUAGGUAUGGGUAUGUCUUUAUUAGUAUGAAUUUAGAUAAAUGGAACCAACUUACCAAAGCUUUGACUACCUCUGGAUAUUGUUUUAAAUCUUCGUAGGGUUAAGAAAAACGUUGAGUUUUAGGAAAGUACUUAGUACAAUUAUCAUAGCUUUGAGUAGGUAUCACCAUGGUUCUUCUCUUUACGGUGUGAGAAUCUAAGAAUAAUUUAAAAUGUUCAAGAGACUGUAACUUCAGGGUUUAUUAUGAUGAUUCUAAAAACAAAAACAAGAUUACGCAGCGUACUAGUUACGUAGGCGAACAACACGCGAACGCGAAGCGGCGCGGCGCGGCGCGGGGUGAAUCAGUACUUUGAUACCUAUAGAAGUGUCCUACGUGGGCGAUCUCGUUGCGAACGUAAACGAAUUCAGCAGCUUGGGACCACAAAUGAAAACGCCUUGCGCCCGUCGCGCCGCGCCGCGUCGCUUCGCUUCGCGUUCGCGAGUGUUCGCCUACGUAAGACGCAGCGUCUAAUUUUAAUAACAGGGUGUGAAUUAGAUCAGGAUUAGAUAUUAAUGUCAUCAGUCAGUGACAAAAGUGAGAUUUCUUCAAACAAAAAUCUUACUUUUGACACUAACAGAUCACAGACACAUGAGACACAUUAGGUACCUACAUAACUAAUCCAGAACACGCCUGAUUGUCUGAUUUAUCUGUAACAUGUAAAUUGACAUUUCGUCGUUAGGAGUACCUAUAUCCUUAUAUAUAAAGUACCCAUGUACACGAAAGAAAAUUCAGAAAUGGACGUUACCAAUUUUAUCGGUAUGAACUUAUCUUUUAAAUUCUAUAAAAAGAUUUAAAAUAAUUCAGGGUAAUUGAGGCCGUUUGUGUAUUUAAUGUUUGUAAUAAUACAAUACUGUAAUGUAAGAUAAUUAUGAAUUCAUAUUCAUAGUACUUUUAUAAUCUUAAAAACUUUUCACCUGAUCAAUAUAUAUAUCUUUAUACAAUAGCAGAUGAUAUAAUAAUAGUACAGUCACCAUCAGAUAUAUCGGAGCGGCCGAGGCGCUCAAAAAUAUCUGAACACGCACCUAGCACCUUGACCUAGUACUUUUAUACUCUAAAAACUUUUCACCUGAUCAAUAUUUAUAUCUUUAUACAAUAGCAGAUGAUAUAAUAAUAGUACAGUAACCAUCAUCAGAUAUAUCGGAGCGGCCGAGGCGCUCAAAAAUAUCUGAACACGCACCUUACACACCACCUUGGCACCUUGACAAUAGAGGCGUGUUCAGAUAUUUGUGAGCACCUCGGCCGCUUCGAUAUAUCUGAUGGGGACUGUACCUACAGUAUGUAUUUAUUUUAAUGUAGACUAUAUAACUGGACUGUAACAAAUGGUAUACAAAUACAACUAUACAUAAUUGAAAAGGUACUGCUCAGAUUCAGAAUACAGUCUGCGUUAGGUACUGUAAUUGCAAUGUCGCGCCCGCGCCGCAAUGGUGCAGUCUGAAUCCGAACGGUACCUUAAAGCACAUAUUAUUCGUAUAUUACGAUGUAAUAAUCACAUUGUAGUUAUAAUAACCAUACUUUCCUAUCUAGAACACGCCUUUCAUUUAAAUACCUACCUUAAUAGUAGGUAAGUACGUCAAUAUGUGUUUUGUACUUAUAGGUACAUAGUACAUACAUACCUCUAAUUCCA